AUGGCAUCGCGGAUACUCUCACCAGCAAUGCGCGCUGUCGCGUCGCCAUGCACAGCUCUCCGGACUACCAGAAGCUUUCAACCGUCCUCCCGAAGACUCGCAGAUGUUGCCGCGCCGUUGCCAGUACGAAAGCCAGUCGGUGCCUUUCGAGGAGGAUUGUUCGGAUUUCUUCUCGGAAGCACACUGGCAGGAGGCGGGGUCUACUACUACAUCUUGGAGGAAUACAAGGUCUCGAAUGAGCUCCUGACGGAAGAUAUCUACUCUUUGCAGGCCUCGGUGCAACGGGUCCAUACCUACGUUCAAAGUUUAGAGGAGAAGAUUGAUGAGUUAAACAAAAAGAAGAAAUAA